AUGGCGCUGGCCAUAUGGUACAUGUACAUGUACAUGUACCUGUGUUUUCACUUCGCCCUACAGGUUCACAGCAUUUAUUACUUUGUCAAUCCUCCAAGUGAAGACAUUCAUGGGUUACCCGAUCCCGUAUAUACCAUCGGCGACAUCCUGGAAAUAAAAUGGGGGUCUGAUGGAACAGGUACCGAAUUCAAAUCAUUUCAGCUGUGGCUAAAUCAAGGUGAUUAUAUUGGUAGAUAUGCUAUCUCUCGUGAGCUUUUAGCGUUUCCCAUUAGCAACGAUCCACAGGCUGACAAGAGUUUAGAACUCGUCACCGCCGAUGCGUGGUCAUACAACUGGACCAUCAAACUCAGCGGCUUCAAUCUUAGCGAUAGCAACGUGUUCUGGUUUGAAUUCCCCAGCAGCGGGAUCGACUCCGCCGGGCAUGUAACCAACAUCUUCUCCCAUAAUUUCAAUUUAACGGAGCCGUCCACUACAACAGCCUCGAGGAUAUCUUCGACGACAUCCUCGAAAACAACCCAAACCUCCGUGCUGACAUCACGAACAACAUCAAUACCACCAGCCACCAUUCCUAUCAGCCGGACGACUACUACUUCCAUCGCAUCGACUGCAGCCUCCUCGGCUAGUACAGAACCCUCCUCAUCUUCAUCUUCAUCUCCAUCUUCUGGCGGGCUAUCGACAGGUGCAAAGGCCGGAAUCGGCGUUGCCAUCCCUAUUGCCGUCAUUGCUGCCAUCGCGGGUGGCCUCUUCUUUGCACGGCGGAAACAAAAGAAACAAAAGAAUCCUGUUGAGGAACCGAUGCAGGAGCAACCGGCGCGGGAUUCGCUGCCAUACAUGUAUGAGCUGUCAACUGACGCUCCUAUCAGUGAACUACCGGGUAAUUCGCCAAAAUCACCCACUGAGCCGGUCGAGAUGCCCGCAAUCUCCAAAUAAGAGCGCUGGGAGUUGUAUAUAAUUUGUCUUGUACAUAUACCUCAAAAGUUUUGGAGAUUGAUGUCUGUUAUAUAGAAUAAUUGGGAGCUGCGUAAUAAUGAUUUUCAAAAUAUCAUUUUGGAUGAGGAAUGCAUUGGUCGCGGAGAUGUAUUUUUCAAUGGA